UUCUUUACAGUGUGAGGGAACUGAGUGGUGCUAAUAUUGCCCAGUUGUGGGCAAUUGUACACCUAGUGACAUAGGUGGAAUAAAAACAUGGAUAGCGUUGGGACCCCUUCCUCGGGGGGGUUGUCAUUGGUUGGGGGUACUGUCCUCAGUGUCUGUGAUGGGAUGACCUACACACAACUGCUUGACCAUGGCUAUGGUUUAACCCCCAUUACACCUAGCAACUCCAAAGAGACGCCCACAGUAACUCCCGGACGUACACAAAGUGUAAAACGCCGGUUGGUACUAGAGGAAGGGGGUGUUGAUGGGGAGGGGUUCAGAACACCCACGAAGACUGCCAGACGCGCUAGGCAGAAAUCAGUCUCAGCUACACACUACACUCCCUCACCGUCCAAGGGGAAAACUCCAGCCGUCCCUCCGGCACCAUCCCCGGGUAAGUCCUCAAGAUACGACACCUCCCUCGGGCUCCUUACAAAACGCUUUGUUGACCUACUCCAGUCGGCACCUGAUGGCACUGUUGAUCUCAAUAGGGCCUCUGACAUGCUGUCUGUGCAGAAGAGGAGAAUAUAUGAUAUCACAAACGUCUUAGAGGGAAUUGGUCUAGUCAACAAAAAGUCCAAAAAUAAUGUUCAGUGGCUAGCUUCACGGAUGAGCAGUCAAAAUUUAGAGGGUGAUGUUGAACAUCUUGCUUCCAAAGAAAAUGAACUUGACAGAUUAAUAGAACAAGCAGAGAGAGACCUCCUGCAGAUGAGUCAGGACAAAAGAUAUGCCUACAUUACAUACCAUGAUCUUCACACCAUCCGAUAUUAUAAAGACAAAACUGUGUUUGCUGUGAAAGCGCCACCUGGAACACAAUUACAGGUCCCACAAGAGGUCAAAGAGCAGGGUUAUAAAAUUCACUUGAAGAGUGAAAAUGGUCCAAUUGAAGUAUUCUUAUCAGAAUCCAGUAUUGGGGAAAGCCCUAUUAAACAGAGUCCAAUCAAACAAAGUCCACUAAAGACAAGCCCACUCAGGACCCCAUUGCCAGCCACUUCAAGGGCAAAGCUAAGACCCACACGGACAAGAGCUAGCAAGGCCUUGCUACAAACCCAAAAACCUGAGCUGACCACACCAAAGAAGGAGCCUUUAUCCCCUAGCCUGGUUAACAUAAAGACUGAGCUACCAGACCCCGAUGAAGGUGACGACCCUCUAGGACCCUCUCCAAGCUUAGAUUUAGAUGAUGACAGUAUCCGUAGUGCCCUUAUAUUGGGUUCUGAUGAUUUGGGACCUGUUGGUGGUAAGCUUCAGCUUCAGAUGGAGGACCAGAGUGAAGGUGGAUCUGAAGACUUAAUGCUUGGCUACUCUUCUGGGUCUUCACCGCCACCAUUCCUUGCCCUAGAGCCACCGAUUUCAGAUACAGACUACACCUUUUCUCUUGAUCACACGGAGGGCCUAAGUGAUCUCUUUGAUUUUAAUUUCUGACCGCGCGGGGUUUAGUUCAGGGAGUGUUUUGUAAAGGCUUGAGAUCUUUUCAUGCAAAAUCAGUUAGAUAUAAUCUGCAUUAGCAUUAUUCUAAUUAUUGUUAUUUUUAAUAUAUAUAUUUUUUCUUAUCACAAUAAUUCCUACAGACUUGCACCUCCAUGACGAGAGUGAUUUGAACCAUAAUUUCCUCUUCAUGUAUUUUAUAGACCAAAGCUUGGUUUUUGUCUUGCUUAGAAUCCCUCUAUUUUUCUCUCCUGUCAAUAUGGGUUCUAUAGUCUAUUAUAGAAAGAAAAAUAUUCCAGGAAUGAAAUUAUUUAUAUAUAGAUAAGAAUUAAGCACUGGUAUUUGUUAUCAGUGCAGAAUAUUUAUAUAAAGGAAAUGUCAUCGAAGAGACUUAUCUGUGGUGACAUUUCUGACAGUUUAACUUGAUACAGCAUCUAGCUUUUGAUGUAGCCAUCCCCUCUCCAUUCUUGUUGAAAGACAAUUUUUUAUUUUGUAGAAGUUUUGAAAUGAAUGAGGAGGUGAUAACAGACCCUAGAAAUGGCACAGUUUUUGAGUGGUCCAAUCCAGUUCCACACCGUGAUUCUGCCUUCAGUGGCAAUCUAGUUACUGCUUUCAUUUCUAUGAAUGCUGAGAGCAUACUGUUUAAUCAUGCAGUUCAUUUUGCAUUCCUUGUAUAGAGAACACUUCCCAAACUGCUGUACUAUUAAUAUUUUUUAAUAUGAUUGUAGUCAUAUUUUCCUAUGCACUGUCUGUGGUAUAUCAUGGGGUGUAAGACCCACAAUUAUGUGCUUAGAUGCUGAGUGCUGCCCCUCAUCCUUCCAUUAUCUUAAUGGAUACACAAGAAAAUUAUUCUUGCUUUACUCUGAAUGAUUUAUUUUUGUGCCAAGGAAGUGGCUGUCGGCAUGACAGUAAAUUUUCACUUGCUUUAAAUAGUUCGUCCACAAAUCACAAAAGCUGACACAAUUAUCUCCAGUCAAGAUGCCUUAAUCAAUAUUUUAAUUCUAUUACUUGUAUGGUAUUUCUACUGUCUUCACAGUUAAAAAAAUGGUCAUUCUAUUCUGCCAUUAAAGGUAAUUGAAUAUUGACAGUUGCAGAUUGAGAUUUUUUGUAUAAUUGGGUACUGCAAAGAAUUUUGUUCAAGUGUUAGCAUUUACAGUGCCUGGGAUGUGUGGAGGAGCAGCCAAUAAAAACUAUAGGAUUUUGUAAUUUCAUCCGCACUAGUUGUUUAACAACUUCGAAGACAUGGGAUUAAAUUGUCCAGUCCCAAAGGCAUUGUAUUGAACAUUUUGCUUUUCUGCUAAGGCUUGUAAAGCUUCUUUUUCUUCCACCUGACCCUCCCAUUUUGUUUUCUUCUUUUGCAUGUGUUAAUUGUACAUGAUUUUGCACCCAAUUUCACUGCCAUGCUGAUACACAUGAAGUCACUUAAGUAGAGCCAUCAGAUCAGAUUUGUGCCAGACCCAGUGGACCUGAAUUUCAACGCUCCAAUAUGGCAGUGCCAGUAAAUUUUAUUUUUUUAAUUUCAAAUGUAAAAGUUAAUUGUUAACUGGUCUCAAUCUCAAACUUGGAUUUGUCCUCUGUAUAUUUAUAAAUAAUAACAAAUGUUUUUUAUUUUUAUUUAUUUUCGUUUUGAUUUGUUUUUUUGUUUUUUGCUUUUUAAUUUUACAGGAAAAUAUUUUAGCUUCUUUAAUGACAUUAACGAUCGGUGAUUAGCCAUAUAGUGUGUUGUGUGUUAUGUUUAAAGUGGGGGGAAAAGAUCACUUGCAAACAAAUCUGCAUUGUACAUGAUAGGAAAUGACUGUCAAGGAAGUGCAGUGCUUAAAGACCAAGUGGAGAAAACCAGAAGCCAAUGGGAUUUUAAUCUAUUUCUUGUGUUGAAGAUGAGAUAUUUUGCCAAUCCUCUCAGUUGAUCAUAGAAGAGAGAAGCUGCAAGUCUGGAAGGUGUGUCAUUAUGAGUAUGUGUGUGUGUUUGUGUGUGUGCAUGUGUGCAUUUAUGUAUAUAUCUAGAUGCAGGAAGUUGUCCCAAAUGGCAUGCAAUCACUGAUCAUGUUACCUGAAUAUUGGCGCUCCAAUUUUGCUACAAGUUGUAUUGCUCAUGUCUGAGGGAGACAUCACAAAGAUGUUUCUAAAGUUUUUCAUUUCAUGUAAAUUGAUGGUUUUAAGUACAAAUUAUAUUCAUUCACUGACACGGCUGUGACAAGGAACACCCAAUGGUAGUGUUUAGUUUUUAUUCAAAAUUCUUUUCUUUUCAGUUUUAUACUGAUGUUAGUGGUUGUCAAACAAAAAUUCCCAUACCAGGACUUUUCACAGCAGUGUCUGAAUGACACAUAUUUGUUAUAAAGAUGGAAAUAAGAGAUAUAUGGAAUAGAA